AAACACCGUGAUACUCCAGAUUGAAAGAGAAGUCUUAUUCGUCUGUGACUGACUGAUAGGAGUUGUGAUCUUGAAGACAAUCUUACGCCUGUAUUUGAUCUUUCGUGCUAUCUGGAGAAAGGAACAGCUUGGUUUUAAAGUCUCGUUCGUUUUUGAAGCUAAGGAAGGGACUGGGCCGGUGGAGUCUCUACCUACAGAUAGCUAGUCUAGCUAGCUAGCUAACUAAUAUUAGCUCGAACGGCUCUUCCUCGUUUGCUGGCAGAGGUGCUCAGUCUCCCACUGAAGAAGACUCCAUCACAACGGUAGCUAGCUAGGCUAGCUAAAUCAACGCCAAUAAACACAAGCCAUUUACUGUAAUGGCGGAUAGCACAGGGGAGGAAGCGAUUGGUGGGAUUGGGUUGGCCGGUGGGACUGGUCAAGGCAGCGGAACGCAGCAGUUGUUGCCGAGUUUAGGGAAUUCUGUGCCCGGUCACUCGAGUGGUGGUAACCCCGGAUCGCCGUCUCCCGCAGCGGCCGCAGAGACCGGCCUAGCCGUUAUGGCUCCGGGCAUUGCAGACAUGACCAAUUCUUCGGUGGGAAGCGGGUUUGGCACUGCGAUAGGUGUUCUUGGUACGGCAGUUGGCACUGCCAUUUUAGCGCCGUCCUCUGCCACCCCUACAGUUCUCCCUCCCAGCAUCGGUUUGGGGGUCACCGGUGCCCCAAACCUGGCAGGGGCAGGUCUCCUCUCGCAUAUUCACUCCACUUUCUGGGAUCCGACUUUAAGUACCGACUGGGAUAGCGAGAAGCCGUCCCAGCAGUGUGUUCUCCGGAUAAAAAGGGAUAUUAUGUCCAUCUACAAGGAACCUCCCCCCGGCAUGUUUGUAGUUCCCGACCCCCAUGACAUGACAAAGAUCCAUGCUUUGAUCACGGGGCCCUUCGACACACCCUAUGAGGGUGGGUUCUUCCUUUUUCUGUUCCGGUGCCCACCUGACUACCCCAUUCAUCCCCCCCGCGUCAAGCUGAUCACCACAGGCAACAACACUGUGCGCUUCAACCCCAACUUUUACCGCAAUGGCAAAGUAUGCCUCAGCAUCCUCGGGACAUGGACUGGCCCAGCGUGGAGCCCGGCUCAAAGCAUCUCCUCGGUUCUGAUAUCCAUCCAGUCCCUGAUGACGGAGAACCCCUAUCACAACGAGCCUGGUUUUGAACAGGAGAGGCACCCAGGAGACAGCAAGAACUACAACGAGUGCAUCCGGCACGAGACCAUGCGAGUAGCCGUGUGUGACAUGCUGGACGGCAAGUGUCCCUGCCCUGAAGCACUGUGGAGCGUGAUGGAGAAAUCCUUCCUGGAGUACUACGACUUUUACGAGGGGGUGUGCAAGGAGCGGCUGCAUCUCCAGGGACAGACCAUGCAGGACCCGUUCGGGGAGAAGAGGGGUCACUUCGACUACCAGAGCCUGCUGACACGGCUGCAGGCUACCCAGCAGCGGCUGCGGGAGAGGUGCCCGCUGGAGGACAACGACGCCGACACGGACUCUGACACCAGCUCCUCAGGAACAGACCCGGACAGCCAGGGCAGCUCCAAGCCGUAGCCGGAGGGGGCACCGCUCGCUCGUGCCCCCGGCC